AUGCUACUGUUGCUGAGGUAUCUCGAGACCAAGGUCAAGUGCAUUACAGAAGAAUGGCACGCUAAGGCCAUGGAGCUCGUGAAGCAAGAGCCGACUCUCCUUGCGGUCUCGGGAGUGGCUCAGUCGCCCGACGGAGUGACAUCACUACCACCUUCAGGGGAAGCCACGACGGGUGUUAACGCUAGGAGCAAUACAACGACAGUCCCGGCAACUGCCACUAUCGAUGGAGUUGUAUGGCCGAGUUGCAAUCCUGAUCGGCUGCUAGAAGCGUCGACUCACCUCAUGAGCCUCAUGAUAAGGUCAGUGGUCGAGCGAAGCUGCGCCGAGUUCCUCGCCUACUUCGAAGGCUUCUGCCCUCGUGGCACCACCCCAUUGACGUAUCCUGAGGUCGCACACCUCCCUCACAAAACAGCCGACGAACCCCGGGCACUACUACUGAACAUGCUGGUCGUUGACGGUAGCGAGGUCAGAUUGAAACAUGCCGGGGACUACUGUCACGAGCGCUUGACGAGGCUGUACAAAGAUGUCGUUAUCGCCUUGAACGAAAUGAAGGGCCCUGCAUCGACCCUAGAAGCGGCGGCAGAGGAGUCAUCUCAGCAUCGCACUAUGCUAUACGAGGUCACUUCCAGCGAGAGUCAUAUAGCUUCCCUGCUCAAGAGGCUGGAAGAUGUCGUGACGUCGUGCCUUGAGGCGGCGGGGACAGUCUCGGACAUGUACGAACCGCAUCUUAGUUUGCUCACAGAGGUCGGCCGAGCCAAAGAGAUGGCUUUGCGGAUAGCACAGAUACCGGACCUGUCAUCGAAGGAAAAGCAACCAGGCUCCACGGUGAAGGCCGAAUCCAUAAUAGAAUAUAUACGGAAAAUGCGAGAAGCUCAACGCAGUGUGGAGGACAACUGUCGCUCGUUACUCCGGACUGCUAUGAUGGCUACGGAUUGUUCGGAGGUCAAUGAACAUCUCUGCAAGCAGGCGUCUGAGUGCGUCACUAUUGUCACUGCAGCCCUCAACGAUCGCGUGAGAGAGCGCAGUCGGAAGUUCACUGCAAAUGUCGCGGAACUCGAGGAGCGAUUCAAGGAGGUCCCGGAGUCGGAACAGGCCUUGAUAGACAUCGAAAAGGACUUGGACGACUUCUUCGAUAGAGGGCAGGAAGCCUACGAGGACGAGUAUGGAGAGAUUCGACGAUGGCUCGACGUCCUGUAUGAAUGCGACUUUGCCGUCCCGCCCGAUACUUUAACGGCGGUUCACGAGUCUGGUAUUCGACUGGCGACUAUAACCGAGCUUGUCUCGGAUCGCGUCGAGGAGAUCGAGUUCUGCAGGGACGAUAUAGAGCAGGCGCUCGGGGGACGACGGGACAAGGCCAUCGUGGAACUGGAGACGUUCAAGACGGUUAUCCAACGCUUUGCCGAGCAUGGGGAUGUCAAUGCAGCAGAUCAGAACUGUGAACGUAUCGCCAAUUUGAAGCAAAAGAUGGCUGACUACAGUAGCCUACGAGAGGAAAUCAACUCUCUAGAAGCCUUGCUGAAGAUGGAAGUAACUGAGUUUGGCAUUUUGGAGGAGUGCCAGGCUGAGCUUGAGGUCUACGAUAAGCUGUGGAGUCUAGUCAGUGAAUACGGUACGAAGGAGCAUAUGUGGUAUAAGCGAGGUAUGUUCCAACUUGAUGCUGAAACUGUGGAGUCGGACGUUAUGAGCUUGUGGAGAAGUGCCUACAAGUUGCAGGCGACGUUUGAGCAGGACGGCAGGACAGCUCCUAUGAAGGCUGCGGCGUUUGUGAAGAGCAACUUGGAUGGAGUGAAGAAGCAUCUACCUUUGAUACAAGCUCUGUGCAAUCCGGGUCUGCGAGACCGGCAUUGGGCGGAGAUAUCCUCAGCAAUUGGCUUCACAAUAGCUAGAGAUAAGACAACUACUCUGCAGAAGAUGCUCGAUAUGGACAUAGUCGCCUACGCAAAAGAGCUGACCGACAUCAGUGACAGGGCUUCUCAGGAGUACCAAAUUGAGCGCUCCCUUGAGAGCCAACAGACCGAAUGGCAACCAGUGACUUGCGACUUCAAGCCAUGGAAGGAGACGGGCACGUUCAUCCUCUCUGGUGGUACUGUCGACGAGGUCCAGGGGUUGAUCGACGACCACAUUAUCAAGACCCAGACUAUGAAAGGUAGCCCUUCAGCGCAGCCUUUUGCUAAUGGCAUCGCUGAGUGGGAAGAGUUCUUGAUGAAAGCAACUAGUGUGAUCGAGGUGUGGAUCAAAGUCCAAGGGGUUUGGCUUUACUUGGAACCUAUCUUUGGCUCUGAGGACAUCAUGCGACAGAUCCCCAGUGAGGGCGCCUUGUUCAAGGAUGUCGACACUCGUUGGAGAAAAAUAAUGGAGAAGUCGAGAGAGUCUCCAGCAGCAUUAGAUGUGUUCAAGCAGGAGGGCAUGCUGGCUGCCCUGGAGAAGUCUCAAGAACAGUUGGAAAGGGUCCAAAAGGGCCUCAAUGACUAUCUCGAAGCCAAGCGGUUGAAGUUCCCCAGGUUCUUUUUCUUGUCCAACGAUGAACUGCUGGAAAUCUUGUCAGAGACGAAGGUCCCGGUCAGAGUACAGCCUCAUUUACGCAAGGCUUUCGAAGGUAUUCAAUCUCUGGAGUUCCAAGAGGACAAGAAGAUUACUGCUAUGCUCUCCGUGGAGAAGGAGCGGAUCGGUCUUACUCGCGUGGUUGAUCCCGUGCUGGCCCGCGGUAACGUGGAGGAGUGGUUGGUCCAGUUGGAAUCGAUGAUGCUCGAGACCAUCCGUGCGGUCAUCUUCGACUCUAUAGCGGACUACCCGACGAAGUCCUAUGCUGAGUGGCUGGCGUUGUGGCCGGGGCAGGUGGUCAUCGCAGUCGGUAACAUCUUCUGGACCUCCGAGGUCAUGGAGGCCCUCAGCUCAGGAGGCAAUGCUGGUCUUGGGAAAUACUAUCAGAAGAUGGACGGUUUGUUGCAGGACAUAGUCGCCUUGGUGCGAGGUGACAUUCCUCCUCUUGUGCGUUGCACGCUGGAGGCUCUUGUGGUCAUUUUCGUGCAUAACAAGGACACUGUCCAGGAGCUGCACGACAAGGGACUCUCCUCGGUGGAUGACUUCGAUUGGCUGGUGCAGCUGCGGUAUUUCGUAGAGAAGAACGCUGAUAAGAAGGGCGACGUUGAUGAUAUCUUCGUGCGAAUAUCCAACUCUCACCUUGGUUACGGCUAUGAAGCCCUGGGCAACUCGUCUCGACUAAUCAUCACGCCCCUCACCGACAGGUGUUAUCGAACCCUUUGCGGGGCGCUCCAUCUUCAAUACGGUGGAGCCCCUGAGGGACCUGCUGGUACCGGCAAGACCGAGACUGUGAAGGAUCUGGCCAAGGCGCUGGCCAGAAUGUGUGUGGUCUUCAAUUGUUCUGAUGGUCUCGACUACAUCGCCAUGGGGAAGUUCUUCAAAGGGCUCGCAGCCACCGGUGGUUGGUGCUGCUUCGACGAGUUUAAUCGCAUAGACCUCGAAGUGCUCUCAGUUGUAGCUCAGCAGAUCCUCACCAUACAAACUGCUAUCAAAGCUCGGCUCACUGAAUUCGAAUUCGAGGGUUGCAUCCUUCCCAUCAAGUGGACCUGCAACAGCUUCAUCACCAUGAACCCUGGCUAUGCUGGUCGAUCAGAUCUGCCGGACAACCUUAAAGCACUCUUCCGUACUGUGGCUAUGAUGGUUCCCGACUAUGCGAUGAUUGCUGAGAUCAAGCUCUACUCCUUCGGCUUCGAAGACUCUCGGAGCUUGGCUCGGAAAAUCGUGACGACCUACAAGCUGUGUUCUGAGCAGCUCUCUUCACAGAGUCACUAUGACUACGGUAUGCGUGCUGUAUUCUCGGUGCUGGUCGCAGCAGGUAAUCUUAAGCGCAAAUACGGUACCGAGUCUGAGUCCGUUCUCAUGCUUCGAGCAAUCAACGAUGUGAAUCUUGCCAAGUUCCUGGCCUUCGACGUGCCCCUGUUCCGUGGGAUCACUUCCGACUUGUUCCCCGGAGUGGUACUGCCUCAGCCUGAUUAUACUGCUCUCAUAAGCAAACUCAGGAUGCACUUUGAGAAAAACAAUCUCGAAUGGAUCGACUAUCUUGUCGAUAAGAUUAUACAGUUUUAUGAAUGCCACAUAGUGCGUCAUUCAGUGAUGCUCGUGGGGCUCCCGUUCAGCGGUAAGACUACGGCUCUCAACAUCCUCCAGGCAGCCCUCACCGACCUGGCCGAGAGCGGUGAGAUGCACAAGGGCCAGAUCGUUCACCAGGCUAGGCUCAAUCCCAAGUCGAUUCCAGCCGGCUGCCUAUACGGCGACUUUGAUGAAGUGUCUCAUGAGUGGACCGAUGGUAUCGUGGCAGUGUUGUUCAGGAACUUCGCCAAGAACCAGACGGACGAGCGCAAAUGGCUUGUGUUUGACGGUCCAGUCGAUGCUGUAUGGAUCGAGAAUAUGAACACUGUUAUGGACGAGAACAAGAAGCUGUGUCUGAACUCGGGAGAGAUCAUAGCAAUGAGCUCUAACAUGAGGACGAUCUUUGAACCCAUGGAUGUCGAAGUGGCUUCUCCUGCUACUAUCUCCCGGAACGGUAUGGUCUUCUUCGAACCGCAUAUUCUGGGCUACGAACACCUCGUGAAGAAGUCCUUCAAAGAGGACCUUCCUCCAACAUUCAAGAGCGAGCAAAUCGAGGAAGCAGAUGGGAUGCAGAAAUGGCUGUUGCCUCCGCUCCUUCGUACGCUUAAGCUCGAAUGUUCCGAGGUUAGCCCCACGCAGGAACAGAACUGCGUACAGUCUUAUCUGAAACUCUUCUCUACGUUGCUGAAGCCUCUGAGUGACGAGAAAGAGUAUGAAGGCCAAGUAGACUCGACACUGACCAACAUCAUCGACUGCCUCACGGUCUUCUCUAUUAUUUGGAGUCUCGGCGCUUCAUGUACGACAGAGAGUCGCAAGAUAUUCGACGCCGCACUACGAGGAUUACUCACAAAUGAGGUUGAGAACACCGAACAUUUCAAGAGGAUCGAACCAUCUCUGCCAGAGCGUGGCUCUGUAUAUGAUUAUUUCUUCGAUAUCCAGCAAUGCAAAUGGCUGCCUUGGGCCGACACGGUUACAGCCGAACAACAGUUCCCAGCGGGAGCAUCUCCUGAGAGCAUCAUUGUGCGCACGCUGGAUAAUAUAAGAUACUCUUUUAUAGCCAAUCACUGUAUUGAUAACAAGAUUCCCCUGCUAUUCUGUGGUCCCACGGGGACAGGCAAAACGGCGUACAUGCAGGGAGCGAUCCUUUCUAGAGAUAAGGCGACUACGGUGCCGAUCUUCCUCGGUUUCUCGGCCCAGACGCAAUGUGCCCAGACGCAGGACCAGAUCGACGUCAAGCUUGAUCGACGGCGGAAAGAUACCUACGGCCCACCGACUGGAAAGCUCUGUGUUGUGAUGAUCGACGAUCUCAACAUGCCAGCUAAGGAAGCAUACGGAGCUCAGCCUCCUAUAGAGAUUCUCAGACAGCUUAUCGACCAAGGAGGGUGGUUCGACCGGAAGGACAGUACUCAUCCCUUCAGGAACAUCAUUGACACGCUGGUUGUGACUGCGAUGGGCCCACCUGGAGGUGGCCGAACUUUUAUCACCCCGCGUAUGACCCAGCUGAUGCUGCUCACAGGGUUUGCCCUGCUCGAUGAUGACAAUAUGGCGCGAAUCUUCACUACCAUACUCGACUGGAGGUUUCAGUCUCAGAAUUAUCCUGCUGAAGUGAAGGGCCUCUCAGAAAAGCUGGUCAGCGCGACCCUGCAGGUCUACAAGGCAGUUGCCAGCGAGCUCCUCCCGACGCCUCUCAAGGUGCAUUAUACAUUCAACCUCCGAGAUUUCGCUAAAGUCAUGUUCGGAGUUCUGCUUCUACCCAAGGAUCAAUGCGAUGGGAGCAAUCGUCACGUCCGCCUGUGGGUCCACGAGGUCUUCCGAGUAUUCGGUGAUAGGCUCGUGGACGAUAAAGACAGAGUUUGGCUACUUGAGCAGAUGAGGGAAGUGACGAGAAGUCAUCUUGGCGUAGGCUUCGACGAGGUUAUGAAGCAUCUCGACUCCAACAACGACGACAAGGUGGACACGUUGGACGAAGUCAGGCUCCUCUUCUUUGGUGACCUGAUGUCUGCUCCUGCAGCACCUAAGCGCCCUUACAGUGAAUGUCCCGAUUUUGACCAACUUGCCAAGCAAGUGACAAGCCACCUUGAGCAGUAUAACCUGAUAAGCACUUCCCCUCUCAAUCUUGUGCUAUUCCUCUAUUGUAUUGAGCAUCUGUCUAGAGUAGCCAGAGUGCUGAAGCAACCCGGAGGUCACUCGUUGAUGGUGGGUGUAGGAGGCUCUGGUAGGCAGAGUGUCACGAAGCUAGCAGCCUUUAUGGCUGACUACACUAUUUUCCAAAUUGAGAUCGCCAAGGGCUAUGACAAACUAGCGUGGCGCGACGACUUGAAGAAGUUAUUGAUGGGCGCUGGAGGGCGGGCUGAUCCCAUGGUAUUCCUCUUCACGGACACACAGAUCAAAGACGAGAGCUUCGUCGAGGAUAUCAACAACAUGCUCAAUACAGGCGAGGUUCCCAACCUCUUUGCUCCCGAUGAGAAGAUGCAGUGCUGCGAGGCCGUCCGGAACUACGCCAAGACUGAGGGGAAGGCGACUGAUGGGACGCCCACGUCACUGUUCGCUUACUUCUUGGAGCGAGUGCGAGCCUUGUUGCAUAUAGUUCUAUGCUUCUCGCCUAUUGGUAACGGCUGGCGGUCCCGACUGCGUCAAUUCCCUAGUCUAGUCAACUGUACCACCAUUGAUUGGUUCAGCGAAUGGCCCUCGGAUGCUCUUCUAUCUGUCGCGGAGCAGUUCCUAGAGUCCGUCCCGAUGGCUGACGCUACUCGAACUUCGUGUGUCGAGAUGUGCCAGCUGUUCCACGUGGAGAGCACUAAGUUGGCGACGAGAUUCAAGCUGGAGCUUCGACGACACUAUUACGCCACUCCGACCAGCUAUCUGGAGCUUAUCAAUACGUUCAAGACGCUGCUGGAUGAGAAGCGAGGAGAGGUCAGUGCCAAGAGGGAGCGCUAUCUCGUUGGUCUGGAGAAGCUCGCUAACACUGAGCAGUCCGUAGCGGGCAUGCAGAAGGAGCUUACUGAUCUACAGCCUCAGUUGGUCGCUAAGAACAAGGAGGUUGAGGAAAUGAUGGUGGUUGUUAACGCCGAGUCCGACAAGACGAAUGCGGUGAAGGAAGUGGUUUCAGGCGAGGAAGCUAUAGCCUCACAGGCCGCUGACAGGGCCAAUGCUAUCAAGACGGAUUGUGAGAAGGAACUAGGCGAAGCGAUGCCGGAGCUCAACCAAGCUUUAGGAGCACUCGACACUCUGACAGGGAAGGACAUUGCAGAGAUCAAGGCCAUGACCAACCCGCCUGAGCCGGUACGCUUGGUCCUCACUGCUGUAUGCAUUAUGAAGGGCAUUGGCGCUGUGAGGGUCCAAGAUAAAGACACCGGCAGAAAGGUGGACGACUACUGGCCUAACGCGAAGAAGAUGGUCAGCGAGAUGGGAUUCCUACAGAGCUUGAAGGACUACGAUAAGGACAACAUACCUCCUGCUGUCAUCAACAAAAUCAAAGACUACACUGUGAAGGACGACUUCCAACCAAGUAGAGUGGCUAAGGUCUCAAAGGCUGCCUAUGGCAUCUGUUGCUGGGUUCGAGCCAUGGAGACUUACGAUAGAGUCGCCAAAGUCGUCGCACCCAAGAGAGAGGCUCUCGCUGCUGCCGAGGCUGAGUACGCCACGGUGAUGGCUGGACUGAAGGAAAAGCAGGCCGAGUUACAAGUGGUUCUCGAUAAGCUGCAAGCUCUCAAUGACAAGCUCAAUGCACUAGAAACGGAGCAGACCAACCUAAAGAAUCAGGUGGAAGACUGCAGUCGAAAACUAGAGAGGGCUGAGCAACUGAUCACAUCCCUUGGUGGUGAGAAGACUCGCUGGACAGCGAUGGCUGAGCAGCUUGGUUACGACUAUGAGAAUCUCACUGGUGACGUCAUUUUGGCGUCUGGUGUAAUCGCCUACCUCGGUGCCUUCACUCCGGAGUUCCGUCGGGAUGCAGUGACUGCCUGGAGCUCUAUCAGCCAGACCAAACAGAUCCCUGGAUCGGCCCAAUUCGCUCUGGAGAAGUGCCUUGGUGAGCCUGUGAAGAUUCGGAGUUGGACUAUCGCGGGCCUCCCCAACGACGCCUUCAGUAUCGAGAAUGGUAUCAUCGUGGACAAGGCCCGGCGUUGGCCGCUAUGUAUCGAUCCGCAGGGUCAGGCAAACAAGUGGAUAAAGAACACAGAGAAGGACCAUAACCUGGUCACGUGUAAAUUCACUGAUGGAGACUACUUACGAAGACUCGAGGGCUGCAUACAGUUUGGGUACCCUUUCUUGAUCGAGAACGUGUUAGAGGAUAUGGACCCUGCCAUCGAGCCGCUGCUGCUUAAACAGACCUUUACGAAGGGUGGCAUGACCAUGAUGAAGCUGGGCGAUGCCACGAUCGAGUACAAUAAGAAAUUCAGAUUGUACUUGACAUCAAAGCUUCGGAAUCCGCAUUACCUCCCCGAGGUGUCGGUGAAGGUCACUUUGCUGAACUUCAUGAUCACCCCAGUUGGACUGGAGGACCAACUGCUCAAUCUGGUCGUCUCGAUGGAGAAGCCCGACUUAGCCGCAGAGAAGGCAAGGGUGAUUUUAGAGGGUGCGGAGAACAAGAAACAGUUGGAGGAAAUCGAGGAUAAAAUACUCAAGGUCUUGAGUAGCAGUCAGGGGAAUAUUCUAGAGGACGAAACUGCGAUCAAAGUCCUGAGUGCCUCCAAGGUGCUCUCCAAUGAAAUUGCAGAGAAGCAGAGCGAAGCGGAGCAGACUGAGAUCCGGAUCGACAAAGCCAGAAACUGCUAUGUGCCUGUCGCUGAACAAGCGUCCAUCCUUUUCUUCUGCAUAGCUGACCUCGCGCAGAUCGACCCUAUGUAUCAGUACAGCCUCCCGUUCUUCGUUUCUCUCUAUGAGAUGUGCAUCCGCAAGGCGCCAGAGGCCCACCAUCUCCCGGACCGGAUCGAUAUUCUCAACAGCUUCUUUAUGAGGAGUCUAUACAACAACAUAUGCCGCUCCCUCUUCGAGAAGCACAAGCUGCUCAUGUCUUUCCAACUGUGUUGCUCACUGAAGGAGGCCCGAGAUGAGCUGCCGAUGCGAGACUAUAGGUUCUUAUUGACAGGUGGGGUCAGCAUGGAGGACCCUCCACCGAAGGCCGCACAGUGGAUACCUGAUCGAUGCUGGGGUGAGCUUUUCAAGAUGAGUCGUCUUGGAGAUCCCUACACGAAUGUUUUGGAGGACUUCGCGAUGGAACAGGAUCUGUGGAAGUCGGCCUACGACCAUGGCGAUCCACUAGGCCGAGUUCUGGAGCUGGGGGACUCCUUAAGUGCCAUCAAGGGCUUCUCGGAGUUCCAGCUGCUGAUGGUCUUGAGAUGCCUCCGACCAGAUAAGCUCGUGCCGGCGAUCAUGGGAUUCGUGUCUAGCAAUCUUGGAGAAGUGUUCAUCAGCCCGCCUCCAUUCGAUCUAGCCAGCAGCUAUGCUGAUUCGUCCAAUGUGACGCCCCUCAUCUUCGUCCUCUCGCCGGGAUCUGAUCCCUUUGCGGCCCUCUCCAAAUUCGCCUCGGAUCAGAAUAAGGAAUUCAGAUCUAUAUCUCUGGGCCAAGGCCAGGGCCCUCGUGCCGAGCAGAUGAUCGACGCCGGGAUGCGAGAUGGCUCAUGGGUGGUGCUGCAAAACUGCCAUCUCUGUACGUCGUGGAUGCCCAAGCUUGAGAGGAAGCUCGAGACCAUGGACCCUAAGCACAGCCAUCAGGAUUACAGAUUGUGGCUGACGAGUUAUCCCAGCCCUCAAUUCCCAGUGGCGAUCCUCCAGAAUGGUGUGAAGAUGACCAACGAGCCGCCCAAGGGGUUGCGGUCCAACCUCAUGGGCUCCUUCCUCACCGAUCCAAUCUGUGACACGGAAUUUUUCGAAGAGAGAUGUGUGAAACCGUGGCAUUUCAAGAAGCUGCUUUACUCGCUCUGCUUCUUCCACGCUGUCUUGCAAGAACGCCGUCUCUUCGGUCCGCUCGGUUGGAAUAUACCAUAUGAGUUCACCGAUUCGGACAUGCGUAUAUCGGUGCUGCAGCUGCAGAUGUUCAUCAACGAGUACGCAUCGGGUGAGGUGCCCUUCAAGGCUCUGAAUUAUCUCACUGGUGAAUGCAACUAUGGUGGGCGAGUGACGGACGAUAAGGACCGUCGACUCAUCAUGACCCUUCUUGCCGACUACUUCACAGAGAAGGUCUUCGAUGACGAAUACUCCUACACCCCAGAGUGUCCCCAGUAUCGGCCUCCAGAUGGCAAUGGUAGCUACGAAGACUUCCUGGAAACCAUAAAAGGCUUGCCGCCUAUCACUGACCCACGAGUCUUCGGCUUCCACCCCAAUGCCAACUUAACCAAAGAACAGAAUGAGGCAUUCGAUUUGAUGAAAGCUGCUCUACUCAUGGUGACCUCGACAACAGUUGGAGAUGGUAUGAGCCCUGAGGAAGUGGUCGGCUCGAUCAGCGCGGACAUUCUUCAGCGGAUGCCGAUGCCGUCACCAUUUAAGGUUGAAGAGGUCCAGGAGUCCUUCCCUAUGACGUACACUGAGAGCAUGAAUACUGUAUUGGCACAAGAGCUCACGAGAUACAAUGGUCUGAUUGAAGUAAUCCGCGACUCAUUGGCAGACAUACAGAAGGCAGUGAAAGGGCUUAUAUUGAUGUCACCACAAUUAGAGGCAGCGUUCCACUCGAUCAACGACGGCCGGACGCCCGAGAUGUGGAUGGCGAAGUCAUAUCCAUCAUUGAAGCCACUUGGCAGCUACGUGAAUGAUCUCAUUGAAAGACUACGGAACUUCCAGUCGUGGGUCGACGGUGGCAAGACCCCACACUUGUUUUGGUUUUCUGGCUUCUUUUUCACACAAGCCUUCACAACCGGAGCGUUACAAAACUAUGCGAGAAAGUAUACAACGCCAAUCGAUACAGUUGACUUCGACUUCGAGGUUGUCAGUGGUACCCCUGAAAAGGCCCCUGAGGAUGGUGUGUAUAUACACGGUCUUUUCAUCGAAGGCUGCAAAUGGUCAGAAAGUGAUUGGACACUUACCGAGAGCGAUCCGAAAGUUUUGUUCGUCGAAGCACCGAGGUUAUGGUUGAAACCGAUGGUGGGAUCGGAUAUGAACCUAGACUACCCACACUAUAACUGCCCAUUGUAUAAAAUUAGCAGCAGAAGGGGUGUACUCGCCACUACUGGCCACAGUACGAACUUCGUCAUGUACAUGCGGCUGCCGAGCAACACUCCUCAAGAGCAUUGGAUCAAACGAGGAGUCGCAAUGUUAACUCAGCUUGACAGCUGA